AUGACAACAGCCAUGUCUUUGGUCUGAACUAGACUACGGGUCAGCUGGAGGACCAGCAGCUCCAACCAGGCUCUCACAGUGGAUUCCUCUCAAGCUGACCUCGUUGUGUAUCCUGACCGGGUUAAAGCUGGUGUGUUUGGACUGACCGCCCGUCCUCCGCAGCUUCAUCUGCGCCUUUUCUCCGCGGAGACGCAGAAUGAUGCUUCCAACGAGCCGCUGAAAUUUGGAGCCAUUAAAAACAUUAAAGGGUGUCUCCACCGAAGCCACCAGGUUGUUGUCAAACAUCAGAGAAGCGUCGAUGCGAACCCUCCCAGGGGUGCGGACGUGUCUCUGAAACCGAAUCCGUCCAGAUGAUGUCAGGGAAACAUUUCAAGGCUCAUGAAGUGAGCUGCUGCAUCAAGUAUUUCAUUUUCGGAUUCAACAUCAUAUUCUGGUUCCUAGGAAUAGCCUUCCUUGGCAUUGGCUUGUGGGCUUGGAGUGAAAAGGGCGUUCUCUCCAACAUCUCAUCCAUCACUGACCUGGGCGGUUUUGACCCAGUGUGGCUCUUUCUUGUGGUCGGGGGAGUGAUGUUCAUCCUAGGUUUUGCUGGCUGCAUUGGAGCACUCCGGGAGAACUCGUUUCUUCUUAAGUUUUUCUCUGUGUUUCUGGGUAUCAUCUUCUUUCUGGAGCUGACUGCGGGAGUCUUGGCCUUUGUCUUCAAAGACUGGAUAAAGAACCAGCUCAACUUUUUCAUUAAUAACAACAUCCGAGCUUACAGAGAUGACAUUGAUCUUCAGAACCUGAUUGACUUCACACAGGAAUAUUGGGAGUGCUGUGGAGCGUUUGGAGCUGAUGACUGGAAUUUGAACAUUUACUUUAACUGCACCGAUUCCAACCCGAGUCGUGAGAAAUGUGGAGUGCCCUUUUCCUGUUGCACUAAAGAUCCAGCUGAGGACGUCAUUAACACUCAGUGUGGAUAUGAUAUCCGUGCAAAAACGGACUCUGAGCAGAGAAACUUUAUUUACAUCAAAGGCUGCGUCCCACAGUUUGAGAAGUGGCUUCAAGACAACCUGACCGUGGUGGCGGGCAUUUUUAUUGGAAUUGCAUUACUACAGAUAUUUGGGAUCUGUUUGGCACAGAAUCUUGUGAGCGACAUUGAAGCAGUGAGAGAGAGCUGUUUGUUCACCUAAGACCUCCACACAAUGGCAGGAAGGAUGCAUCAUGGACUGAGGUUUGGAUACCAGCAGCCAUGGGAUAAACAUGCUUCAUCCAAGAUUCCACCUUGUAGAACCCCAGUCCUAUGUAAAUAGUAAAUUAAGAACUUAUACGAGUUGUUUUGAAUCAAAUGCAACUUCUGAAAUCUAUUUGAAGCUCUGAAACAGAGCAAAUCAUCCCCAUACAAGCAGCACUAAAGGUAAAAAGACUGCAUGGAGGAGCUGAAGAUGGGGAUGAUUCGUGCACACAGGAAUUAAAAGGAGAUUUUAAAGGAGUUUUCACAGCUGCAGCUUCUAAUAGCUGCAUGGAAGGAUUCUGUCUGAAGAUUAAAGAAGUUCCUGAAAUGCACUGCAUGCCGUUUCCCUUCUUAUGGGACACUGGCUUGCCUAAAAGUAUUUGAUUUAGUAUUUGUGUGUAUUGAAUCAUUUCAGUAGUCAGCACUUUGCUCAGUGUUUAAUGGACCCUGCUCUAAACUACAGAAACUUUAGUGAAUAGUUUUCUGUGGGGUGACAGCAUCGUGCCAUGGAUUUGUAAAGUUUAAAAAGCUCAUCAGUGACAAGAAAGGGUCCAAAAACACUGAUGUGGUAUGUAUUCCAAAUUCAGCUUGAAGCACUUUAAUCAUCAUGAAACACAGAUGAAUUUCAUUUCAGCUUUUUCAUUUUGUUCAUCUUGUUUUAAUUGUGAGGGAACAACUGGAGAGAAUUGCACAAUCGUGUUCGUAAGUUUUAUUUUCCUUUAAUUUGAAUACUAAUGUUUCCUUUGGUGAAAUCAAGCCAGUUACGACAGAAGUUUUGGCGUACGAUGAUCCUUGGAUAUUGCCUAAUUCCACAUUCAACCGUUUGUUUUAAAGCAAUUUCUCAAGUGCCAUAAUUAGCUGCAUGCUGAUUCCCCUCGGUGUCACUUAACAGCAUGUGGAUACGAUUUACAGCCAACUUGACGUGCAGCGCAGGAAACGUUCUCAAAGCUCUCCAGCUUUUCCACCAGCAGCUUUGGUUAAUGAGAGAAUUGAAAUCAGACGGCACCAGGAAACAGUAUAUUAUUAUUUUCAAUAAAAGCUUCUAAUGAUUGUCUGUGUUUGCUAGUCACACUAUUUCUCACCACCUAGUGCCACAUUUGCGAUUCCUACAUACAUUCUAUGCUAAUCGUUUUUGUUUCCUUGUAGAUGUUGACAGUCUUCUUGAGAAAAAGUAAAUACUCCCUCGCGCAUCUCCAAGAUGUUGACAGAUGGGACAGAAAUAGACACAAAGUGUCAUAAAAUUAGCAAGAUACUUAGUUUUGUCCGCAGCAAUUCUGCAUUUUGAUUUAGAUCCCAAUAUAAAAUGUUGUGUCUUUUUAAUCAUAAUAAUUAAUACCCUUCAAGGGCUAGAUGAUUUCUUACAUAAAUGUGAUUUGAAAGAGGGUGUAUUUUCUUUUUACAGAGACUACAUUGUAAAAGAUCUAAAUAUAUACACAAAUCUGAAUAAAUGCCUCCUUGUAA